AUGUGUGGGUUUCUUUGGAGUCAAGGGGUUUUAUCUAAAGGCAAAGCUAAGGUUAAGUGGGUUCAUUCGUAUAAGUUGAGGGGGCGUAGCUUUUGGGAAGUUCCAUCCCGGGCUGGUAUUUCAUGGGGUUGGCAUAAACUUUUGCAGUUAAGACAGUCUGUACGUCCUUUUGCUAGUUCAAAAAUUGGUGAUGGUAAAACUACUUUGGCUUGGCAUGAUAAAUGGGACCAAGAUGGUCCUUUGAUCAGGUUUAUCUCGCCUAGAAAGAUUGCUAGGGCUGGUUUUUCUUUGCAAGAUAAGGUUGCUGAUAUUAUCUCUGAGGGUACUUGGAAAUGGUCGGCUGCGUGGUAUGACCUAUUUCCUGUUCUUAUUAAUUACAAGGUUCAUGUGAUAAAUAAUGUAAUUCAUGAUAAGCUAAUUUGGUGUGAUGGUUCUGGAAAUGAGGUCCCAUACUCGGCCUCUUCUGUUUGGAACACCAUUCGUAUUAAGGGGCCUGAAGUCGGUUGGGUUAACCUUGUGUGGUUCUCAAGAUGUAUACCACGACACUCCUUUUUGUUAUGGCUAGUGAUGAAGAAAAAGCUAAAGACGCAUGACAGGCUGAAACCAUGGGAUGUAGGGAGUGCAACUAAUCAUAACCUUGUUUGUUGUUCUUUGCGCAAAACAGGUCCGGAUUCACAUUCUCAUUUGUUUUUUGAGUGCUCUUACUCAGCUCAAGUUUGGAUAGGCAUUAAGCAUUUGACAAGCUUGGCGAACUCUUCUCAACGAUGGGAGGAUAUUUUGGCAAUCUUGCUUCCUCUUUCUAAAAGCAAUUCAGCUACUAGUGUGAUUGCUAGACUUGCAUUGGCUGCUACCGUCUACUUUGUUUGGCAAGAGAGAAAUAACCACAUGUUCACUAACAAUCAGCGUCCUCCAGAGCAAUUAAUCAAAGCUAUUGUUGAUACAGUUCGGUUACGGUUAGUGACUAUAAAGUUUAAAGGUAGAGAAAAGUUGAAAAAACUGCUAGAAGAUUGGAAAGUGCCAAGAUCACUCUUAUUGGACAUUGGCGCAUAG